AUGAUUUUGCUCUUCGUCUUCACAGGCAGCGAGCGUGAGUCCGGGUCGACUUCUCAGGUAGAGUCGGCAGGGCGAAAGCGGAGAGUGGAGUUGGAGACGGUGGUGAAAGGCGGUAGCGAUGUAUUGCAGCGGUUGCGCGUGCAGAAAGAUGCCAUAGUGGGUCCCACCCCGAGGAUUGCGCCACCGUCGCUCGCACCGUCUACGGUCGUCCGCUCUCCGUCGUCCUUGGCAUGGUUGACCUCGUACUCGUCUAACACUGGCAUUGCAGGUCAGAUUUCCUUAUUUCCCCUUCCCCUCCCAAAAGUUGGCGUCGGCUUUAUUCCUUAG